AUGGUCGAGUUUGUGAAGCCGAUUCUGCGCUUAGCUUAUUUUUAUGGUCUUCUGGUGGGAGUACUCAACUUUGAAGUGGAUUGGCCAACGGGGAAAGCCAUUGUCACCCGACGAGUUACGAUAUAUGCAGCAGUCCAUAAUAUAAGUCUAAUAACUAUGCUGUGCUUGAUUAGUCUCAAAGAUAACUCUUUGAAAUCGAAUUUUACAAACGCCAAGCAUCUCCAUGAGUACUUCUUCAUGCUUAUGACGGUGGUUCGGAACUUCGCUGUGCUGCUCUCUCUGAUUACUAGAUGGUUUCAGCGUUACAGGAUCAUUAGAUUGUGGAAUCAAUUAAUUCGAAUGAUUAGCGAAAAGCCAAAGGUGGUACACGAGUACCGCAAGAGCAUACUUUUGAAAUUUGUUGUUUGUGUUCUAUCGGACUCCAUGCACACGAUUUUGGAUAUAAGUGCUCAGCGGAAAAGAAUUACUUUCGACCUGGCUAUCAAUCUCGUUAUGUGGACUGUGUUUACCACCAUAUUCAACAUGAUAGUGUUUCAGUAUUAUUUGGCUAUACUGCAAGUUCUUGGCCUCUAUAAUAUUCUACAUCGAGAUCUGCGGCACUUAGUUCGUGAGGCUGAAACCAUUUGCUCAAUUCGCAAUCGUCGCGGAGGAGUUUUCUCUGUCAAAUGUUGCUCUUUGGCAGAUAAACUGGACCACUUAGCUGAACGACAUUCAACCUUGCAUAAAACAAUCAACAAAAUGUCGGAGAUUUUCCAGAUACAAAGCUUUAGCAUGAGCUUGGUCUACUAUCUCUCUACCAUGGGCUCGAUUUACUUCACCUUCUGUUCGGUUUUGUACAAUACAACAGGAUUUGGUUCCUCGCAUUGGGGAUUGGUUUUGAUUGGAUUAUCAACGGCUUUCUUCUAUGCAGACAACUGGGUUUCAAUAAAUAUUGGAUUUAAUAUUCUCGAUCAGCAAGAAGAGGUUAACCGAAUAUUGGCAGAACGCACUUUAUUUACUCGAGAAUUGGAUAAACGAUUGGAGACAACAUUUGAGAACUUCCAGUUGCAGUUCGCCCGUGACCCCUAUGAAUUCUAUGUCCUUGGACUUUUUAAAAUGGAACGUGGUCGAUUGAUAGCCAUGCUGAACUCAAUUAUUACUCAUUCUAUUUUGCUGGUUCAGUGGGAGCUGCAACCUAAUCGAAGUUGA